AAUGACUGCAUCUUUAUUUCAGAAAUGACCAUUAAGAAGUAGAUGUCCAGAUGCAAAAGUGAUGAAACAGUCAAUUUGUCAUAAAGUAAGAUGCAGCUGUGGCUUUUCAACCAGAUUAGAACAAAAUUGUGUCUGUUUUUCUCAGAAGAGAAUUCCACAAGGUUAAGUCAGCAAACAAAGAAAACAUGGUAUUUUGAAGUAUGAUUAAACUCCUGAUGCUGCAGCAGAGGCUAAGAAUAUUAAUGGCCAGAUCUAGUGCUCACAUGGUCUUCUGAAGAAGCCAUGGGUAGCUGUUGUAGCUGUCCAGGUAAAGACACUGUCCCGGAUACCCAUCGGAACAAGUUUAAGGUCAUUAAUGUGGAUGAUGACGGGAAUGAGUUAGGUUCUGGCAUAAUGGAGCUUACAGACACAGAGCUGAUUCUAUACACUCGCAAACGGGACUCGGUAAAAUGGCACUACCUCUGCUUGCGACGCUACGGCUAUGAUUCGAAUCUCUUCUCUUUUGAGAGUGGUCGAAGAUGUCAAACUGGACAAGGAAUCUUUGCCUUUAAGUGUGCUCGUGCAGAAGAAUUAUUUAACAUGUUGCAAGAGAUUAUGCAAAAUAAUAGUAUAAAUGUGGUGGAAGAGCCAGUUGUUGAAAGGAAUAAUCAUCAGACAGAAUUGGAAGUCCCCAGAACACCUCGAACACCGACUACUCCGGGGUUUGCUGCUCAGAACUUACCCAAUGGGUAUCCCCGAUAUCCCUCAUUCGGAGAUGCUUCAUCCCAUCCUUCAAGCAGACAUCCUUCUGUGGGAAGUGCACGCCUGCCUUCAGUGGGUGAAGAAUCUACACAUCCUUUGCUCGUGGCUGAGGAACAGGUACACACCUACGUCAACACUACAGGUGUGCAAGAAGAGCGGAAAAACCGCACAAGCGUGCACGUCCCGUUGGAGGCGAGGAUUUCCAACGCUGAAAGCAACACGCCGAAAGAAGAACCAAGUAGUAUUGAGGACAGGGACCCUCAGAUUCUUCUUGAACCCGAAGGAGUCAAAUUUGUCUUAGGACCAACCCCUGUUCAAAAGCAAUUAAUGGAAAAAGAGAAACUGGAACAACUUGGAAGAGAUCAAGUCAGUGGAAGUGGGGCCAAUAACACAGAGUGGGACACUGGGUAUGACAGUGAUGAACGAAGAGACGCGCCCUCCGUUAACAAAUUGGUGUAUGAAAAUCUAAAUGGGCUGUCUGUCCCCAGUGCCUCGGGGCUUAGGAGAGGUCGCCUACCAUCCACCAGUACCUCAGAGACCCAGAACAUCAACAACUCAGCUCAGAGAAGAACUGCAUUAUUAAACUACGAAAAUUUACCAUCUUUGCCUCCUGUUUGGGAAGCCCGCAAGCUCAGUAGGGAUGAAGAUGACAAUUUAGGACCAAAGACCCCAUCUCUAAAUGGCUACCAUAAUAAUCUAGACCCAAUGCAUAACUAUGUAAAUACAGAGAAUGUAACAGUGCCGGCAAGCGCUCACAAAAUAGACUAUUCGAGGCGUCGGGACUGUACACCGACGGUCUUUAACUUUGAUAUCAGGCGCCCAAGUUUAGAACACAGGCAGCUCAAUUACAUACAGGUCGACUUGGAAGGUGGCAGUGACUCUGACAACCCUCAGACUCCAAAAACGCCCACCACGCCGCUUCCUCAGACCCCGACCAGGCGCACAGAGCUGUAUGCGGUGAUAGACAUCGAGCGGACUGCUGCCAUGUCCAGCCUGCAGAAGGCGCUGCCUCGGGAUGACGGUACAUCCAGGAAAACGAGACACAAUAGUACUGACCUGCCCAUGUGAGCCCGGGAAGCAUUCAUUACAUUGUUUGCACCUUUGUGAAGUUUUCAAAAAAAAAAAAAAUGAAGAUGCAAGUGCUUCAUUUUAGUUUCUAAACACUAACUCCUUUUAUAGACUGAUAAACAAUUUUUUUCUGAAUAUUUCAUGUGCUUCUUUAACUAAAGGGAAUUAAUGUAGAGCAGGUACUCAUCAAAGAACACUAAUUUCAUUACCUACUGCUCAUGACUGUACAGCAGCGUUCCCAUUCUCACAGUGCCUAUUUAAAAUGAGAGUUGGAGUGAGUGACAUGCUGGUCGAUUUGUAUCAAGAUUUGGGACUCAUGCAUGUCGUUCAUGUCUAAGUCAUGGUUGGCAUUUAAAACAUUUUAUAAAGCCUCUUGAUAAUGUGCAUUGCUAACGGAUAACUCUAGGCUUUGAAAGUAAUAUUUGUAGAUUCACUAUUCAUGGUAUGUGGCCUCCAGCAUGUAACAUGAGGAAUCCUUUCUUUCAUUAACUGUAGGCUUUUUGACUUGAGCCAAAACGUAUGUAAAGGAAAUAGAAGUACCACACCUCCUUAUACCAGUCAGUUCCUUUGCCUUCGGCGUUUCUAGAAUGAGUCCCGUGUUCGUGAAUAUGGUUUGCCAUGGGUGUCUUGAAAGGCAAGAAGGAGACAAGAUUUUGUUUUCUCAUCUCAUGAUGUCAUUUGAAGGGCAUGCCCAUAUAUCUUAAUCAGAAUUGCAGUAGGCUCAAGAUUCAGUCUCAGGUCACUUUACCCAAAAACAUUUGAAAAUCUGAACCAUGAUCUCUUGAAAGUUUCUCUCCUGUAGAUUAUUAACAAUAAAUAACAUUGUUCUCUGGAGGCAUUUGUGCCAUUAGGUUGCCAUGUACCUUCAGUUUUUUUCCUUUGGUGUUUGGGAUGUCUAAUUUUGUUGCUUCAUGUCUUUUUCAAUUUAAAAUGUUUGAGUUUGUAUAUAGUUUUGAAAUUGGGUUAUGUGUUCAUUGUUGUUUAGUUUGCAUUUUUGUCAAAUUGUGGUUUUGAAGGUUCAUUUGGAACUUACUGUUAUUCUAUAACAGGGUUACCCUUGUCCAGUAUUUAUUUAUAUGCUGUUUACUUUGCUAGUUGAUAAGAGCAUUCUCUCAGUUUUCAGUUUCACUUGUGUCCAUAGGUGAUCUCUCUAGCAGCUAAGAAAAAAAAAAAAAAAGAAAGCUACUUUUAACGCGCAAAGUUCCCUAAAGGUACUGUGUUUUCCCUGUGGGCACUCCCCCAGCACUUUAGCAGUGAUUCCCUCAGUCACGUGGCUGCAGCUGUACUUGGCCCACCGUAGCGCUCCUCAGCUCCGCUGUCCUUCCACUUGUAGCUGAAUCUUUCGAUUAGCCCUCGAUUUCAGUAUAAUGUUAAGAUUGUUGCCAGCAUAGCAGGUACAGUGGAAGUCUUGUAGCAAUGAGAUUGUGUCAUAAUUUAGGAUUGAAAAUGAAGUUUAUAUGAACUGAUGAGAAUCUGUAUGUCUGUCUCUUGGAAAAUCAAGAAUUUUCCAGUUUCCCAAGCCCUAGAGGAGACAAGAGAAGGUAGAGUAGAAAGAAGAUUAAAUAACCUUGCAAAAUAUUUCCUUGUUUCCUCUAAAUAUGGGGAAGUUUGAGAUUAUGAUCUGGAUCUACCAGAUGUAACGAAGGUUAAUUUAGCAUGAAAAAGUUUCAGUCAUAUGGCAUUUAGUCUGUUCCAUAAAUGACCUAAUUAUAGGACAGUGAAUGGAUUAGCAAAAUAUAGGGAGGGACCAUUGUAAAGAAAAUACACUAUUAAAGGGUGUCUUUAUAUUUUCAGUGCCAUUGGUUUAUGUGCAUAGCAGAAUUUUCUUCUUUUUUUCUGUGAAUUUGGUGCUUACUAAAGUGUUCACUGUUCUCUGAAAAGAGAGCAGUGGUAUAAGGUGUGCAGUUUCCAUUUUUAAUGUUAUUGUUCCACUUUUGCUUUCUUCUGAGUAGAUUGCUAAUCGUGCCAAAUUUGUGUGAUGAUUUUUGUAACAUGGAAUAAGAAUUAUGAUGGAACCAGUGCACAUGGUUUUCUCUGAAACAAGCAGUCAAGACAGAACGUUAACCUCCAAAUGAAAGGGCUGACCUAUUUAUUCAGUUUGGAGGUUGGAUACUUUAUUUUCUUUCUUUUCCUCAUCCUUUUCAUUUUUCCUUCCAGAUUCUAAUUAAUUUUUGUAUUUUUAAAGCAACUCCAAUAUAACCAUUGCAGUUUAUGCUUUAAAUACUGUGUGCUUUAAAAAUGAAAAUGGGACCAAUUUGUCUGCUAAGAAUUUGAUUUUAGGUACUAUGAGUGUUAGAAAGAUGUAUACAACUGGUGUUAAUUUCUAGAUGUCUCUGGAAAUCACCCAUGUUCCUAUUUAAUAAAAAGUGAUGUAGAACACUAUUUGUCCUUUGCGGUAGUCCAGUAAUGGGCAGUAAGCUCUGUCCUGGAAGAAUGUACCUAUUAGUAGGUGCAUUUUAGAAUGAGAUAUUUUAUUGGGAUGUAAUUGUGGCCAUAUGUUUCAGAUUUUCUGAGACAGACUUAACUUUAGAUAUUCUGUUCUGUUGAUAGACCAUGUGAUCCCACUUUUCGGUUUGGGAAAUACAAUCGUCAUUCAUAUGUUUUCCCCUAACAGAAUCUCUUUUCUCUACGUAGCUCAUAACAGCUUUUAUCCCAGACCAGGGUUGGAAACUGACAUGGGUACCACCUGUGCUUUCUCUUAGUGUGUUUCAUUUCCCAGUUUUAUCUUCCUUUAAAAAUGAAAACAUGGUGCCUUCCCUCCCUCCAGGAAGAUUGGCAAAUAGUUCCUUUUAUUUACUGCUGCUGUGGAGUGAUGAGAUAUGCACUUUACUCUUGAAGACUCAGCAAAAAGCUUUUCACUUCUCAGUAUAUCCAGAAUAGAUCACAUUCGGGACUUAAGAAAAUUUGCCAAGCAAUCUUUGUUUUUUAUAGAUAUUAAUGUUGACCCCACAGUUCAAUGUUAUAUGUCAAGCUAGUGUUUGUUUCCUCCCCUCCCCCAAAAUAGAUCUGUGGCACAGCAUAUAAAAAUGUACCUCAAUAAUGUUCUAUUAAAAAUGGGACAGGGGCCUUAUGUUUUCAUAAUUUCCUAAUAAUGUGCCACCGUAUUUUUGCCUCAAGGUAAAGGUUUUAACAAGCUAAAAAGUACUUCCCACUUCCCCUUGUGCUAUUCCUAACCUGUAAUGCCCAAGUGUUUUGUGCAAUGUGUAGUGUGUGUGUGGAUAUAUAUAUAUAUAUGUAUGUUCUGUAUAUACAUAUAUAUAUAUAUAUAUCCUUGAAAUAGACAUACCAUCAGAGACAACAUUCAGAAGUAACUGAUGUAUUGGCAUCUCUUUCAUAUGUGAGGUAUAUGGUACUACUUACCUGUUCCUUGAUGUUUGCCAAAUUUGAAUAAAGGCAUUGGUACGAAAUCACAGAAUGUAUAGGAAAUGUUCUUGGCUUGAAAAAUUAACAAAUAUUUUAUGACAUACCACAGGAGACUCUGCCCAAAGCAGCACCCUAUCCAUUUGUCUUUCCUCUUCUUUAAAUCCCUCUUCCCCAUCCCUCCUUCCUCUCUCUUGGUUGUUGUUGUUUUUUGGGUUUUUUUUUUUGGUAUAACAAUUCUUUUGUAGCAUCAUUACAAUUACAAUUCUAUGACAAUUGGACAAUAAUAGCAUGGAAACAGACUGGUAUUAAUAGUACAGUAGUCACCGGUGUGCCACAUUUGCAUUAGUAAAUGCAAAAUACACAUUUUAUAAAGGACAAAUUUUGUGUUAUGUUUUUAUUUUCAUUACCUUGUAUAAUACUGUAAGAUUAUUGUAUGUCCUAAUUUGCAUUAUAAAUGUUUUUUUCCUACGUAAAGGCAUAAAUAUAGCAACUUUGUAUAAAGGUAGCUUACUAGAUUUUUAAUUUUUUCUUUUAUAAAAAAUUGUCUAACAGUGGGACUACCAUUGCCAAAUUGUAUAUGAAAUAUGAAUUUUACCCCAGAUGGUUAAUUUCUUUUAUAAACAUUCCAUAUUUCUCUAAUAAAAGACAAGUGAUACUGUACUAUGCAUACAAUUGUAUUUUAAUGCUGUUUCAUAUCAGCAUUUUAAAUUUUGGUUUGCAUUUUUAAUAUUGGCAAAAUCUACCACUGUUGAUUAAAUCUUGUUGUAUAUGUAACAACAUCUUUUGCCCCCUACCCCCCACCACCACCCUUGUUCUCUUUCUCCCUGUCAGUGCCAACUUCAUACAUUUUGUAGCAUGGCAAUAAAAUAUAACUUUUACACUGAGGCCAAGUGUGGCUUUUUGGAGGAUGUGGAAAUGGGAGGAUCACCCUCUAGUUGUUCUUUGCAUUUGACUUUUUGCCAUAUAAACCAUGUUCCCAGGCAUGAGGAAGUUAUUGCGUAUAUGAUGUGAACAUGCUUUUAAGGACAAGUGUGAAUGUGCUUUGAAGCUUAAUUUUCGUCCUAACAAAUAAGAACUAAUUUUUUUUUAUCUUUGGAAAAGUCAGAGUUGUUGAAGUACAAUCAAACCUUUAUUAACUGGAGUACUUAAAGAAUAAGCUAAUAAUUGAAUUCAGUUCAACAAGGGCUCAGCAACACAUUUUUUUAAAUCCUUAUUUAUUGUUAGAGUAUCACUAUCCUGUCCUAGAAAUUAUAUGUAAAAUAUAGUUUAAUCUUAGAUGAUUUAGGAUCUUGCAAUGCCUUACUUUUGUCAUUCUGGCAUAAAUUCCCACAAUGAAGUCUUCAAGUUGAUACUGGAAGCCAAGCUGACUAUACACUAACCUUAAGCGUUCAUGGAAAACUACUCUGUUGAAUAAAAUCUGAUCGGAGUUCUUAUGGUUACUUUCCCAUUAUUGCCGAAAGUAGAUUGCAAUAAAACCUCAAUAAAAGUUUGGUUGAAUACCUA